AUGUGUCUCCUGGCAAGAAUUUUUCAACAAGGCGACAGGAUAAAGGGUGGCUUGAGGAUAAUCACCGACGACGAUCCCUCGGGGCUCAGCGACUAUCCAUUCCAUUGCGUAGUUGGUCUGUCUGCGUGCAGCAGUGUUUGGUUUUUUUUUGUGCCUUUUGCUCAGGCAGCAGGGGCGACGAUCAUCGUUCGGCUGGUAACGUCAUUCGUUGGUAAAAGAAUUGCCCUUCUCGGUGAUUCCGUAGCUGUUGGUUGCCAUGACGUGCACGUACCUCAGCUUCGAUUCUUCAUUCUGAAGGCCGCCGCCAUGAGGGCGUACUUCCGUGUGGGAGAAAUGGGGCUUGAGGGGGUUGGUGAAGUUCUUGUCUUGUUGUUGGGCGGUCUGCAGCUGAAAGCGCCAGGUCUUUGCCGCCUCGUUCGUGGUAGGAUUUGA